AACAGUUCACACACAAGCACACACACACACACAAUCAGCUGCUAGAAGAACCAUGUCAGGACACAUAAGAGACCAGAAGCUGAUGCCCACACAGACAGACCUUUUGGGACACUGAGGUACCUGCAGGAUGAAGACAAGGACCAAGAGUGAAGACAUCAGAUUUGAACAGGCUGAGGGCUGGGUGGAAAAGAGAGGCAAAGAUGUGUGACUGAGCUCCUGUUUCCCACCUUGUAGUUUAAAGGAAUGCUGCUCUCAUGGCAGGACCAACCCCACAGGAGCCAUUAAAGACCCAGCAGAAGUGCAUUGCCAUCUUUGCCCUUGUUUGCUGCUUCGCUGUUCUGGUAGCACUGAUCUUCUCAUCUGUGGACAUUUGGGGGGACGAUGAAGAUGGAAUCACUGAGGAAAACUGCAGCAAAGACUGCCACAUUGUACUUGUGGAGAACAUUCCAGACGAGCUCUCUUUCUCCAUGGAUGGCAGACCUCACCUUCCUGUCUCUGUCGGCUUUCACACACUGUUGGAUCAGGCGAAGCACUCAAUUGAAGUGGUGUCAUCUGCCUGGGACUUAAACUCCUGGGACCUGGAGACAAUCCCAAACCCCGCCAAACAGGGUCAGCUUUUGUUCCAGAGACUGCUCAAGUUAAAAUCUCGUGGGGUUAAGCUGAAGAUUGCCAGUAGUCUGACAAACUCGACUGAGCUGAAGGCCUUGGCAGCACACAAUGCAGAGGUUCAUUUUGUUAACAUGACAGUUUUUACCAGAGGAGGACUCCAUUCCUCAUUCUGGAUAGUGGAUCGGAAGCACAUUUACAUCGGGAGCGCUGAUAUGGACUGGAGGUCACUCUCCAAGAGAAAAGAACUGGGGGUGGUGGUAUAUAACUGCAGCUGUCUGGCUCUGGACCUCCACCGAGUUUUUUCAUUUUACUGGCAGCUCCACGAAAGGGACUACAUCCCCUCCAUCUGGUCAAAGAGAGUAACUGCUCUCUAUGGAAAGAACAAUGCCCUGCAGCUACAUCUUAACUCCACCCCCGCCACCGCUUAUGUGUCUACCUCUCCUGAACUCUUCUGCUCCAAGGAUCGCACCCGAGACAUAGAUGCCAUCUAUCAAGUCAUUCAGAGUGCAAAGACAUUUAUCUUCAUAUCAGUGACAGACUAUCUCCCUCUGGUGAAAAGGAGUUUCAGAGGAACCUCAGUCACAAGGUAUUGGUCGUCUAUCGAUGAAGUCAUCAGAGAAGCUGUGGUAUUAAGAGGGAUCAAAGUUCGUCUGCUCAUAAGCUUCUGGAAGAAAACUCAUCCACUCACCUUUAAUUUUGUGACCUCCCUCAAGUCACUCUGCGUUCAGCUUUACAACUGUUCCCUGGAAGUGAGGUUUUUUAGUCACAAGGAGCAGAACGAUGACAUUCAGCUUGGGCUCAACCACAACAAGUACAUGGUGACCGACAAUGCAGUCUACAUUGGGAACCAUGACUGGGUUGGCAGUGAUUUUGCUAUUAAUGCAGGAGUUGGAUUGGUGGUCAAAAUGAACGGCAGUGCUGAAGACAGAGGAGUGACAAUCCUGGAACGUGUCAAAGCUACUUUUGAAAGGGACUGGAGGUCCCGCUACGCUCAGAGCCGACAUGGAGUCAAGGAUCAGCAGGGAAAAUACAGAAACUCGCAACAGGGGAAAAAAUAUAUGGAAACUAAGGAGGAAAAUGAAUGGAAGUACCCUUUAUAUUUAUAAGCACAAAAUGUCUUUUCCCAGUAUGUCUUAAAGCCUCAUAAGCCUAAAUAUGCUAGAUCUUACAAAUAUGUACACAAAUAAGAAUGUAGACCUACUCUAUACUGUAUGACUUGCCAAAGUAUUGCUUUGACUCAGUAUUAUAAUAAUAUAUGUUUAAUUGUUGACUGUUAUAUAAGCAUGUAAUACUGCAUGCAUACCAAAAGCAAUAUCUCAGUAUUAACUCAGUAUUAACUAUAUACUAGCACAAGCAAUGUGACAAAAACAAUUCUCUCUAUGUGUAACCCACCGAAACAGUUUAAAUACAUCCACUAUUUUUAAGUCCUUCAUUGCAUUUUAUAUGUUUUUAAAUCUACAGUUUGGCUGCAACUGUAAUCAGGUCAGAUCCUGAAAUGGCACACACCGGCAUAUGCAGUAGUGUUAUUCUGUUCAUCAUAUCGCUAAAAUUAUUCAUCUGUCUUCAUAAAACAUAGCUUUUUCCUUGUUGGUGUUGUUUUAUUUUUCAGUCUGCUGGUAUGUUUAGUGCCCAAAAUGUUUCACUAUACAAAUUUGUAUUGCUGACAGAACAAAAGUAUUUAUAGGUAUGUUUUGCCUUAUCCUGUCUUUCCAUCCAAGCCAGUAAUAAGCUGCAAGUUAAAUGCUCAAAAGCCUGCAGACAAAAAAUAAGCCUUGAAUAGUACUAGUUUGGUUUAAAAAUGCAUAAUUUAAAUAAAGGAUUUGAGAGUUCUCAAGUGACUCAUCUUACCAGCACUUCACAGUUAAUAACUGGAAAAAGACAAAUUUACUAACAAAUCCAAGUUUGAGAUUUGGGUCAGCACCACAACACCCACACUUUUUUAACAUGACAGCAGCAGCAGGUGCUGAACAUUUGGGGGGGGGGCUAUAUCGACUGAGCAAGA